ACGCCACUGAAUCUAUUUGAAAGUAUGUCUUCAUAGACCAUUUACGUGAGACGAAAUGCAAAUGUAGUUAGUGGAACUCCAGAUGCAUUUCGUAUUAGAUCUAUAACCGAAUAUCCUCUUGCGUUUACCCAUGAUGCAGCUCCCUCUAUUGGUGUACUUACAUUUUUUUCUUGUUGCAGAAGUACAAGACUCAAUUACCUAUUUUCCCUGACUAAUUUUUUUAUUUCAUUCAGUCAAGAUGAAAAUAUAUAUCUUUUAUUUGUCGUGUACUGAACAACUUAGCAUUCAAUCCUGGAACAUGUUAUUGGGAAACCUACUGCCUAAAGAGAAUCAUUACCUCCUUCAAGAACCUAAAACUCAUAUUCGGUUAAGCUUCCUUCUCUAUUAUUAUUAUUAUUAUUAUUAUUAUUAUUAUUAUUAUUAUUAUUAUUAUUAUUAUUAUUAUUGUGAUUUGUUUUUGACAAUUUUUUUUGUCUUUACUUCUGUUUCACCUCUUCUGCUCUCGUAUUUCAUCUUUACAGGAAUAAUGAGUUCUGCGUCAUUGGAAUGUUCUCUUUGAUACGGAUAUUAGAAUUUUGCUACUGCUUUUUACAUUUCUCUUUUGUUUAUCAUUAACUUACUCUUACUCAUGCUGUAAGUGUUGCUCUUCAAUGUGUUUAUUCUGGUGGUCUCAAACUUCCUUCUUGAAAGAGAAGUUCUGCAUACAAUGUCUUGUUAUUUUGGGAGAGUACUUGGACCCGUGCUGAACGAAAAGGGGGUAGAUGUGUCUUGUGCUAUUGCAGCAAAGUUCUAAACAUAAAGAGGGUUCAAUGAUUUCUCUUAUUUUGCCUGAUAUGCAGAAGCUGAUCAGUACUUUCGCCGCAGACUUUUUUCGUUCUUCCCUCAUGCUUAUUCACUAUAGAUUCAAUUCAGGUGGCUGCGUGUACUCUCUUGCUUUUACUUUUUGAUUUAAUAGUUUGGCGGUGUUUGUCCUUGCUGUUAUCAUGUCCUAAUAUUUGUGUGACACAUUCUAGAUGUUCUUGUGAUUCUUAUUGUUUCAGUUGUUGACUCACUGAAGCUUUUAACUUCUGAAAAAUGACCGUUAAGGGGAUAACGGAAUGUGCUUGCGCCCUUCAGACAUUAUUCAUCAGGUGGUUGAGUUGGCAUUUCAGCUUCUUGAGUGUCCCCAAGAUCAAGCCAGGAAAAGACAGCCUUAUUUGCUGCUGCUGCAUUUGUUUUCAGAGCUGUUUUAGAUGCUUUUGAUGCUCAGAGCAGCUUACUGUUCUCUUAUUUAUCGACUAUUUUCCCAACAGUACGCAAUGUUUGAACGUUAUUUGCCUGACUUGCUUCAGUAUGCUCUGGGUCAUUUCGUCACUUUUGUGUAUUAUAGCCGCAAAGGCGCAAACAAAUUGUAAAUGCAACAUGAAGUAAUGCUCGUGUGGGUAUAGAUGUUGUUCUGGAUGCAGCAAGCAGUGCUGGUUAUGUUGAACCUGAGACUGUUGAACAGCACUGAAUGUGUUAAUUUGUCUCGUAUGUCCUCCACCAUCAAUCAGCAACAAACCAUCUGUCUCCACUCAAGCACGGCAAAAUACGUCCAUCCAAUCUGUCCUGGUGUGAAGAUUAGAGACAGAAAUGCAGACUGGAGUGAGAUUAGAGACAGAAAUGCACAAGGGCGUCAGACUAGAGAAAGAAGUACAGAGCUCAUCAAGUCUAGAGAAAUAAAUGCAGAGUGGAGUGAGACAAUUGACAGAAAUGUAGAGCGAAGCAUUCCAAAUCGAGGUGUUAAUGUUACCACCCAGCAUGAAAACCGAAAUGAAGAAUCUGCUUUGGUAGACCGAGGCAGCACAGCAGAUCUUGGAACAUUCUCGGUUGGGGGAAAACUGUUGGAGCUCAUCUGUGAUUCAGGAAACCGUACUGCUGGCAGUGAAUAGAAUCGGUGGCAAUGCUUCUUUCAUUGCCUUUAUCCCUGAAAAGAAAGGGGUAAUAGAGCUUAAAGAUUACAGGCCAAUAAGUCUUAUUGGCAGUGUUUAUAAGAUUGUGGCCAAGUUGUUAGCAGAAAGGUUGAAGAAGGUCAUUGGCAAGCUAGUCUCUAGUCACCAGAAUGCAUUUAUCAAACACAGACAAAUAACUGAUGCAACUCUCGUAGCCAAUGAGGCUCUAGAUUGGAGGAUUAAAACUGGACAUCCGGGUAUUAUGUGCAAGCUUGAUAUAGAAAAGGCUUUUGACCAGUUGAACUGGGCUUAUCUCAUCUCUAUACUGAGGAAGAUGGGAUUUGGAGAUAAAUGGAUAAGGUGGAGGAUCAAAUUCAGCAUUUCAACAGUCUAGUACUCGGUGCUUGUCAACAGAGAACCAGCAGGCUUCUUCUCACCCCAGAAAGGGAUUAGACAAGGAGAUCCACUCUCCCCAUUCUUGUUCAUUCUAGCCAUGGAGGGGCUAAGCAAGAUGUUGGAGAAGGCCAGAGAAUUACAGUGGAUUCAGGGAUUCAGAAUAGGCUCAGAUAUUGGGAGCUCAAUCACUAUCUCUCACCUGUUGUAUGCUGAUGACACUUUGAUUUUCUGUGAGGCCGAGAAAUCUCAAGUUAUGUACCUGAAUCUAACACUUCUCCUCUUCGAAGCUCUAUUAGGGUUACAUGUCAAUGUAUUGAAGAGUACAAUUUAUCUUGUCAAUCAUGUGCCCAACAUAGAGGAGCUCUCAGGUAUCAUGGGCUGCAGUAUUGGGUCACUACCUACCACAUACUUGGGUCUUCCAUUGGAGCCAAAUUCAAAAAUUGUGAGGUAUGGAAUGGUGUUAUUGAAAAAUUCGAGAGGAAAUCAACUUCUUGGCAACUUCAAUAUCUUUCUAUGGGGGGCAGAUUAACUCUCAUCAAUAGUGUACUAGAUAGUAUUCCAACAUACUACAUGUCACUGUUUUCUAUUCCCAAGAAGGUGCUAAAGCAAUUGGACAAAAUCAGGAGAGACUUUCUCUGGGAGGGCAAUAGCAACACUCAAAAGUACCACCUAAUAAAGUGGGGCAAAGUCACACGGCCAAAACUAAAUGGAGGUCUGGGAGUCAGAGAUCUAGCUGUCCACAACAAAUGUCUGCUAAUGAAAUGGCUUUGGAGGUAUGGAACAGGAGAGUCAAGCCUUUGGAAGCAGGUGAUCAAUGCCAAGCAUGGGAAAAGAGACAACUGGAGUUCUAAUAGUUCUAAUGCAUCAUAUGGAGUGGGUCCUUGGAAGUACAUUAGUAAACUGGGGGAUGAAUUCUUUCAAAAUAUCUCUUUCAAACCAGGUAAUAGGGCUCACAUCAGAUUCUGGAAAGACAAAUGGCUAAACUAUACAGCACUCAUGGAUGAGUAUCCUAGCUUAUACUAGAUUGCUCUAGACAAAAAUUCCUCCAUAGCACAUAACAGAAAUGGCAGUAGUUGGGAUGCUCAUCUUAGAAGGCCAGUGCUUGGGAAGUGGAUAGCCUGAUGGAUAUGCUAGCAAAAGUGGAAGGGUUCAAUAUGGAUGUGAACCAACCCGACACCAUAUGUUGGGGGAGAAUUGGCACCUUCACAGUGAAAGAAUGUUACAGACAGUUUGGUACUUAGAAUCAAGUGUUAGAUGCAUGGCCCUGGAAGUUAAUAUGGAAGACUAAGUUACCUAUUAAAGUCAUUUGUCAUAACUGGAUUGCGCUCAAUGAGGCAUGUUUAACACAAAACAACCUAAACAGAAGAGGUUUUCAGUUGGUCAACAGAUGCUACCUCUGUAGGGAGAAUGAGGAAACUGUCAACCACCUAUUUUUGCACUGCCCAGUGGCCACCGACCUCUGGAACAUGUUCAACUGUCUUUCUGGUUUGAAGUGGGUCAUGCCACAGAAUUUGAGAGAUGCACACAUGAGCUGGAGUUUAUGGAGAGUUGAUAAGACCAUCAAAAAGAUCUGGUUGAUGAUCCCUGCUGCUAUUUUUUGGUGUUUAUGGAAUGAGAGGAAUUGCAGAUGUUUUGAUGGAAUCUCAACUCCAAAUCACUUUCUCAAAGCUAAAUGCUUACUCAAUCUUUUUUGCUGGACUAAGUUAGCUAAUGUAAUCAGUACUGACCAAUUAAUGGAUUUUGUUAGCUCCUUUGUCUUAGAAUGACAAGAUGUAGAGGGACUAACAUGUAGUAGUAUUUAUGCAUUCCAAUUUCCUUGUAACGUUGCAUCUCCUAGAUGCCUUUUGUUAAUGAAACAACUUCAUCAAAAAAAAGAAUAGAACCGGUGGCAAGCAGUACUUGCACAUGUGGCUAUUCAGCUAAUAUGGGUAAGACCAAAUAUCAUUUAUUUGUGCUUUUGGAGUGAGGUUGGCCAAAUUAAAUAGUAAAUUCAUUUUGAUUUUAUUGAUUUCUUUGGGGAGGAAAGGGGCAUCUAGUUUAUGGUUUCCUGAACUAGUUUCCUGUCCAGUUAAGCAUUUCUAUUUUUAGACAUCUGGAUUUUAAUUCCUCCGACUUUCAAAUUUUGAUCCAAGUGUUUCCUUAUUGUAACUCGUUGGUCAGUAGACUGACAAUCUUGAGGGAGCACCUCCAAAACUAUAGUUGUAGCUUAGAACAAGCAAGUACAUAUUCGGAGUAGUUUACACUGCUAUACUAGAUGGAUGACCUAGUUUAUCAAUAACAAUAACAAUCCCAGUGGAAUCCCACAAGUGGAGUCUGGGGAGUGGAGAGGGUAGUGUGUACGCCGACCUUUCCCCUACUCCGGGAAGGUAGAGAAGUUAUUUCCGAUAGACCCUGGGCUCAAGGGAUGACCUAGUUCAUCAAGCAUGGAGAUUAAUUUAGACAGAAGUUUUAAUAGCGAUGGUGUGAGAUUGUAUUAGUUUUGUUAUUGGGGAGAAGUGAGUAAACGAGGAAGAAUGAAAAAGAGACACGGGUCAAGUAACUUUGAGACUGACGUAGUGUAGUAGGUUGCUUCUUAGUAUAAUGAUGAUUAUUUUUAUAAGUAGUGUAACAGGUUGCUUAUACCAAUCAUUUUUCUAGUCACUCUCUUUCUCUCUCAAGUAUGAUGGUACUAAUAUAUUGUCCCUUCCUUUCUCUUCUCGUAUUUUUCGUCUUCUUGAGCCGAGGGUCUUUCGGAAACAGCCUCUCUACGUACACUCUACCCUUCCCAGACCCCGCUUGUGGGAUUUUACUGGGUCGUUGUUGUUGUCUCUUUCUCUCUCAAAAAUAAUUGUUAAUACAUAGGAUGAAUUUCUGUAGCAUCUUUUUGUGUUUUGUAGGUUGUUACUGAUUCUGGGCGUGCCAGUUGCUGCCACCCCAACCUUGAGGCAUAUAGAGAGAGCUUUUAUAGCUGCUGCUACUCCAAUUACAUGCCACGAGAAGUUGGUGUUUUCCACGAUUCGAAAUUUUUAUCACCAAAUUCUGUUUUGAGAGAUUGCUGUCUCAAGCCCCUGUGUAGCAAUGGUUUGUUGACUUCAAUGGUGUCUUCUCAACAUGGCUUUCGACACAGAACAGUUAAUCUUGGACUCGGUGGUUGUUCAGUACCUAAAGCACCAAUCUUUUGCUCCUAUCACUAUGUUACAUGUCUGUCCUGAUUCCUGGACGAAGGCGAAUCCUUGAUGCUGGUUCCUAUUGUAAGUAAUGGUUAUGGCUUUCAAUUGCCAGAAAAUUAUGCUGUAAAUUAAUGAAAGAAUAUCCUGUAGCCUCCUCCUCAACAUUACAAUACCGUGUUUUGCUAGUUCAAUUUUGUCUUCUUUUUGUUUCA